AUGGCCCGUCUGCCUCCUGUAGCAAAGUUCUCGCUUGCAGUUCGCAAGAAUAUUCGCGAUGAAUGGGAAAACAGAAAAUCAGACUAUGAAGACAGGAUUUCCACCGUGCUGGGUGCGCCGUGGACAAUCGAGAUUGAUCUGCAUCAAGUCUGCGCGUAUGCCACGGACGGAUACGCGGCAGAAUCUCCUGGCUCUAUGAUUUCAACAUACGUUGACGGCGUCUUGUAUCAGCUGGAUCGCUUCAUUGGCAAACAUGGCGAACAAGGCAAAGAGGAGCUCAACACCAUUGCUUCGGCGCGAACCAUUACCAUGGACCUGGAUGAAGAUAAAAAAUUCUCUUAUUGCGGCUGCGCAAUCUCUGCUACCGGAUCUCUCGUCAUUCUGUUCAGCGAAGGAUAUCUCGGCACCAACACUAACGACGCUUGCUCACUCGACAACCUGGAGAAUGCUCUCAACGAAUCCCCCAGCACUGCUUCGGCCAGCCACAAACCCAUGAGCUUCAUUGCGCGCGCGGCUAUCAGAAGCGACUGGGACACGCAGAUGGAAGAAAUCGAGCGACAACUCGGCGAGAUUCUCUGCAGGGAUAGUAUUACCUUGGAGCCGCGGUUCGAGCAGGCCUUUGACAGGCUCAGCAGCACCGCCGGAGACGCAUCGUGGCAGCGAAACCUGGGCUCGUAUCACAAGAUGUACUACGAAGGUCUGGUGUUCUUCCUCAGGUACCAGAAAUUCGGCGAGGACGACAUGCUGCGCGAGGCAUUCAACGAGGGCAUCGACAGGGCGACGGUGGCAUUUCGCAUUGUCGACAAGGAUGAGCUCAAGAGUUCCACUUACAACGAGUGCGUCAUCGAGGAUGGCACGUUGAUUCUGCAGACCACGGCCGAGUAUUAUGGCACAAAUACCGCUGAAAUUGCCAACAAGCUGAUGGAGCUAUUGUAA